CCCCCACCCAACAAGUACAGAGUAGUGUGGAAUAAGAACUAUGCCGGCAGUGUUGUGGACGACCGGGCUAGAGAUGCUCGGCUCUGCAGCUUAGCCAUCGGAGCUUCUUCUUUUGCGCUUCCCCACUCACCGCGACCGUCCCAACCCCGCGAAACUUAAGCGAUAUGCCUGGCUUGCUGCGAAAACUAGUCGUCGUCGCCGCGGUCGAUGGGCUGAUCCUUCAGUCGCCCGGUAAUGGACUGAGACAUGCUGGAACUAAUGAGCCCGCCACUCUUCGUAUCGACUACAAGACCAACAAGGUUUCCUCGCUCCCGGCGUUCGCGUCGGACCAAGAUGAUGACAGGGACUCCGGCUUGGAGACCUAUGGACUCGUUGGGCUCCUUUCCGUUGCGUCAUAUUCCUUCCUCAUCUCUAUAACGCAGCGACAACAAGUGGCUCAGAUUCAAGGGAAACCCAUCUAUGCCGUGACCAAUGUCGCGGUAAUCCCUACUUCAUCGCAAGCAGAUGCGAUCCGCGCCAUCUCCCAGGCAAAGGAAAGCCUGUCUCAUGGGGAGAGCGGCCAAGGCGAGACUGCCUCGGACGACAGCAGUACAGUAUCAGACACUGAAAGUGACGGAGGCGACACCGAGAUCAACACUGCACCGGCUUCUCCGGAGCAUGAAAUCGCUCAUUCAAGAGCUCGCAGCGUCGGCAGUAUCGCUGAAGAUGUGAUCGGUAAGAGGGUCCGAUUCGGUCGUUUCGCUGCGAAUUGGUUGUCGAGGAAAAGUCUCGGACUUCCGGGGCUCGGCACAGCUGGCCAGAGUGCUACGGAGAGGCUCGCAGGAGAUGCGAAGGAGACGACUGCAGAGGCGGAUGCCGCAGCCUCUGAGGCGAAUGAUGAACGCACGACCCCUGUUUCACGAAGCAAUGAUCCAACACCGAAAACGCUUGGAGAGCCUUUCUCCUCCGAUCCGACCGUGGAGUUACUCCCCAAGUUGCUACGUUAUACGAAAAUGAUCUUUUCCUCUCAGAAUUUCUUUUUCGCAUAUGAUUACGAUCUCACUAGAAAGUUCGGGGCACAGGAAGAGUCAUCGCUGAAGAGCCAUCUCCCGUUGCACAAGGUUGUAGAUGAGUUGUACUUCUGGAAUCGUCAUCUCAUGGGUCCCUUUAUUACGGUUGAUGCCCAUAAUUUCGUCCUUCCUUUGAUGCAAGGUUUUGUUGGCCAACGUGAAUUCACCGUGGAGGCUGCAGAGACUACAACAGAGAACCAUCCUUCGGGAGAGCCGAAAGAGGAGCUCCUGGAGGGGCGCAUACUGGGUGACAAGCAAGAGGCACAGGCCGUCCAAACUAGCGACAAGAAGCGAGACUAUCUCCUCACCCUGAUUUCCCGGCGAUCAGUCAAGCGCCCAGGUCUGCGGUACCUCCGUCGCGGUGUCGAUGAUCUGGGGAAUACUGCCAAUGCUGUGGAGACAGAACAGAUUCUUUCGGUUCCUGACUGGGAUCCGUCUCAUAAUGUCUACUCCUACCUCCAAGUACGUGGGUCUAUCCCGCUGUACUUCUCGCAGUCGCCGUACGCCUUUAAGCCAGUCCCUGUAUUGCAUCAUUCGACCGAAACGAACCAGCUUGCCUUUGAUAGACAUUUUCGAAAUCUCAGUCGAAGAUAUGGAAAGAUCCAAGGGGUCUCACUUAUUGACAAACAAGCAGGCGAGUUGAAACUGGGAGAGCAGUACGAGAAGUUUACAAAAGCGCUGAAUGAGUCAGGCGGCAUAGACGGCGUGCCCCUCGCACUCGAGUGGUUUGACUUCCACAAUGAGUGUCGGGGAAUGAAGUUUGAGAACGUGAGCCGCCUCGUGAACCGCCUGGAGGCGACCUUGAAUGAAUUCGGCGACACUGUUAUCCGGAAUGACAGUGUCCUCCAGAGUCAAACCGGCAUUGUGCGCACGAACUGCAUGGACUGUCUCGAUCGUACUGGGGUCGCGCAAUGCGCGUUUGGUCAAUGGGCUCUGGAGCGGGAAUUGAAGCGCGAGGGCAUCAGCAUAGAUCUAGGUCACGACUCAUCUACCCGGUGGUUUAAUACACUUUGGGCAGACAACGGAGAUGCUAUCUCUAAACAGUAUUCCUCCACAGCGGCUUUGAAGGGUGACUAUACGAGGACUCGGAAGCGGGACUAUCGAGGAGCACUGAAUGACUUUGGCCUCACCCUAUCGCGCUACUACAACAAUAUUGUCAACGACUAUUUCUCGCAGGCGUGUAUUGACUAUCUGUUGGGCAAUGUUUCUACGCAGGUGUUCCAGGAGUUUGCGGUGGAGAUGCAAACUACGGACCCAGGGAUCUCGGUUCAAAAGCUCCGGCAGAAUGCUAUCGAUACUAGUUGCAAGAUCGUCAUCAGUGACCAGUCGGAAGAAUUCCUAGGCGGCUGGACGAUGUUGACCCCACGGCAACCUAAUACUCUGCGGUCCUUGCCGUUCGAGGAGGCUGUGCUUCUGCUAACAGACGCGGCCAUAUACAGUUGUCGCUUUGACUGGAACAUUGACAAGGUGUUGUCGUAUGAACGGAUCGACUUGCAUUCGGUGACACGCAUCAACCAUGGCACUUAUAUCACAUCGGUCCUGACUGAGACACAAAGAGACGAACAGAAUAAUGUCGGGCUGGUGAUUGAAUAUCUUGCUGGCGAUGAGAAUGCUUUACGGGUCAACACCCGGUCUCUCCAGAGCCAAGUCACCCCGGAAUCCCUCGACAGCAAUGCGCGUCCUAGUACGGAAUGGAACAUGUAUUCGUGGUUCAAAGGAGCUCCACGAUUGACGACGCGGCUCAUUGCGUUCAAGGCGCUCCCGCCAAGUUCGACAAGCGCGACAGUGAGCCAACCGGAUUGGGUGCGGAGUAUCUGCGAAGAGAUCGAGCGCGCUGUGCGGGCAGGCGAGGCACGACAUGACGAAGGAGCACGGUCCUCCAUCCUUGAGUCGUCAGACAUUAUUUCGGUGGAAGAGGCAAAGAAGCGGACGGGAUACCUUGAGCAUCUGGUCUACGACAUCAAGAAAUUGGUCUGGGCCUAAAAAGUUCAAUAAGUUGCAUCGGGGGAAGUGGGGAGAACUUUCGGUUUUACUUUUUAUUUCUGCGUACUUUCAGUACAGUAAUGAUGUCCAUGAGGUCCAGAAGCGACGCAUUAGGUCGGUAGAUACAUUGCUGGGGUACAUACAUUAUCCAGACUCCAUAGAUCGUGAUCGGCCACAUGCACGGGGGUACGAGCUCAGGUGGACUUUAGACAGCUCUGAUGGGACUCGUGGAACUCGUGGAACACGCAGGAUGUCCUCUGACAGGUCAUUCUGGUGCGGCAAUGGCCUGAUCCCCGCCGACGGAUCCCAUGAUGGGGAAGGCAACCACGAGGGUAGAUAAGUACCGAGUCCAGGAUUCCGGAUGGCACAGAUGCAUGUACAUAUUUGUACAUCAGUGGGAAGAUACCGAGAAGGGUACAUGCAUUUCUUGGUUCAGCCACUAGACACUAUCUCGAUCCAUUGGCAAUUCUCCCUGCUUUGU